CAUUUUGUCUCCUAAACAAAUUGAGAAGGUGAAGAGAAAGGGAAGGCUUCUAAUUGCAACCUAACGUCUGUGGAGACGCAGUAAGCGCCCAUAGAUAUAAACAAUGGCGGAGGAGAUCGAAAGGCUGAACGCCAAGAUUAAAGAGCUUGAGAUCGCGCUGGAAAAUGAGCGUAAAAGGAAGGGACCCGUAAGAGAAAAAAUUCAAGAGAUGAGCUCUGAAGUCGUGGACAGCAAUCCAUACAGUCGUUUGAUGGCCUUGAAAAGAAUGGGAAUAGUGGAUAAUUAUGAGAAAAUCCGUGACUACACUGUUGUAAUUGUCGGUGUUGGUGGAGUUGGAAGUGUGACAGCUGAAAUGCUGACAAGAUGUGGGGUAGGAAAGCUUUUACUUUUUGAUUAUGACAAAGUGGAACUUGCAAACAUGAACAGGUUAUUUUUCCGUCCUGAUCAGUCUGGUAUGAGUAAAGUUGAAGCAGCGGUAAACACAUUGAGAGACAUUAAUCCCGAUGUGGAAUUUGAAGCAUACAACUACAACAUCACGUUACUGGAAAAUUUUAAGCACUUUCUUUGUAGAAUAAGUCAUGGUGGAAAAGAUGGACAAGCUGUAAAUCUCGUGCUAAGUUGUGUGGAUAAUUUUGAAGCUAGAAUGGCAAUAAAUACAGCAUGUAAUGAGUUAAACCAACCUUGGAUAGAAUCUGGUGUCAGUGAAAAUGCUGUGUCUGGUCACAUUCAAUUUAUUAUUCCUGGAAAAACAGCUUGUUUUGCAUGUGCCCCUCCCCUUGUUGUUGCCUCUAAUAUUGACGAAAGAACACUCAAGAGAGAGGGUGUUUGUGCGGCAUCUCUUCCAACAACUAUGGGAAUAGUAGCUGGUUUUCUGGUUCAAAAUACAAUGAAGUAA